AGCCUGAAUGUUCAGGAGAAAAACACAUUAUCACGUAAUGGCAAAACUUUGCAAAAGUGGCAGAAUAACUCAAGGUCAGAAGUAACCAGCAGAAUGUAGCUUCAAGUCAAGUAGGAAGAGCAGCGAUGACUGUGACCUACCCACUUUCUGCUGUUCACAGUCACAGCCGACGGUCAUGAGCAAGUGGAUAGCGUCUCCAACCCAUGCGCCAACCAAGGCACCUGCCGACCCACCUCCGACUUCAACUAUCAGUGUCACUGCCUGCCAGGAUUCACGGACCAAACUGUGAGAUUAACAUUGACGACUGCCCUUCCUAUGACUGCCAGAAUGGAGGAACCUGUAUGGAUGGAGUCAACACCUACAACUGCCAGUGUCCACCCGAUUGGACAGGUCUGUACUGCACAGACGAUGUGGACGAGUGCCACCUGCAGCCCAACACCUGCCAGCACGGUGGCACAUGCUACAACACGCUGGGCAGCUACAACUGUGUGCUUGCUGUGUCACUUAACCGAUGCCUGCAUGAGCAGCCCCUGCCGCGAUGGCUCUCAGUGUUUCAACAACCCCAUCAAUGGCAUGUACAACUGCAUGUGCCAGUCAGGGUACAGGGGCAGCACCUGCUACGAGGACAUCGAUGAGUGCAGCAUCGGUAUGAGCCCUUGUGAGCACAAUGGGCUGUGUAUCAACACAGAGGGCUCGUUCACCUGUAACUGCACCCAGGGAUACACAGGGCCACGCUGUGAGCAGGAAGUCAACGAGUGCCUGUCCAACCCUUGCAAGAACGAUGCCACCUGAACACAACUGAAAACUCCAUGUACAAAGUACAGAUUUGGUUCAGGUUUUGCACAUUGGCUGUUUUAGGUUUGAGGCAAUAGAAAUCCUUACUAUACAAGUCCAGCUAAAAUAAAGUUGUCUGUCUGCC